AUGCCGGUGGAGUAUUUUAGAGAUGAUAUCAUCAAACUCAUGUUGGAGAAUGUGGGAAAACCUCUUAAGUUUGAUCGGGCGACGACUUCAGUGUCAAGGGGGCGAUUUGUGAGAGCUGAUGUGGAAUUAGAGGUUUUGGCGAAUGAUCGGAACCAUGAUGAAGCUAACCGUAUCAUCAAGGAUAAGGUAAAGUCGAGGGUGGAACCCGAUGAGGGUUCCAAUGGUAAGUCACCUUCUUCAAGGAAUGCUCCUGGAACUGCCAACCGCCAACCCAGGUUUUGGCUACCCGGAAUAGCUUUGUUAAAAAUGUCUUCUGACCCUACAUCUGCAACCAUUGGCUCUCAAAGUGCUACUAAGCAAACAAAAAGAAAGUGGACACCCGAAGAAGACAUUAUAUUAGUGUCUUGUUUGACCGAAAUGCAUAAUGUAGGGAAAUAUAAUUCGGAUACAGGGUUUAAGACAGGUUAUUUAAUAGAACUUGAAAGAAUGAUUUUGGAAAAAAUACCAAAUACUACCAUAAAAGCUAAGCCGCAUAUUGAGAGUAGAAUUAAAACUUUGAAAAAAGAAUGGGGCAUUAUUCAUGAUAUGGUGCAAGGUAAAGACACUAGUGAGUUCGGUUGGAAUGAGCACAUGCACAUGGUUUAUGCUGAAGAUGCAAUUUGGGAUUCAUACUUAAUUAGUCAUAAAGAAGCUACACCUUUUAGAACAAGAAGCUUUAGGUUUUAUAAUGAGUUAUCUGCAAUAUAUUCUAAAGAUCGUGCAACUGGAAAAGAUGCACAGAUAGCGGAUGAUGUAGUUGAAGAAAUACAAGUUGAAGAACAAAAUGAUAUAAGAGUUGAUACAGAUAAUAGUGCAUUUGUUGGUUUGGAUGAUUUUGAUUUCAUGAGUACACAGGUUGAGCCACAAAAUGAUGGAAGAAAAAUAAGCAAUUCAAGUAAGAGAAAAAAGAGUAAUGAUGAAGCUAUCGAGAUAUGUGCUGAGAGUAUGCUUAAUGCUGCGAAGCUAAUAAGCAAUACAAUGCCAGAAGUUGGUAAGAACUUGUCUGAUGGCCUUCAAUAUGAUCGUGAUAUGGAUAUGUUUCAGAAGCUUGAUCGUGUAUUACAAGAGGUCGAAGGUUUGACUUUAGAUGAAAUGGACCUUGUUUCGUUAAAGCUCACUGAUCAUCCUAAUAAAGUCGCUUUUUUCCUCAGUCUUGAUCCUGAUCGAAGACUACAGUGGAUCAGAAGAUUUCUUGCUGGCCAUUAA